AUGAUGUUUCUGAGCUCCUCCUCGGGUUUAUUUCAGAAGUGACUCUUCUCCUUUCAGUGUCUUUUUAGUUUGUCUGUUCCUCAGCAUCAGUUCCCAUCAUGAAGGCAGACCGGAUCGGCGUUGACAUUCUUGUGUACGACCUGUCACUGAUCCGACAGAUGUGGGAGGGACGCGUGAAGAAGUACAAAACGCGGCAGAAGAAGGAGGAAGAGCGGAUCAGUAAAAGUGCUCUGGCCAAGGUGAAUCAGCAGUGGCAGUAUCGCAUUGCGUGCAGAAAGCUGAAGAGUGCUGAGGUCACAGCGCUGCAGUGUUACCUGGAGAGAUCCACGCUCGGCGAACUACAACUCCUGCCCACCGAGAAUAAAGACAAUGAUGCAGACAGCAAGAAGUUCAUUUUUGAGCUGAAUGGAAAAAAAUGGAUGGUAACCACCGGAAAAAGCUUUAUCAAAGAUAAAUCCAAUGCAAACGUCUCGUCUUUCACAGGGAAACUGAUCAGCCUCAGGGAAUUACGUGUGAAUUAUAAUAAACUGUUAAGCAUUCCACCUGAACUCGGAGAAUGUGAGAAUCUGGAACGAUUAGAGAUGACGGCGAACGGAAACCUGGCCGAGCUUCCCUUUGAGCUGAGCAAUCUCAAAAAACUGAAGCACUUGGACAUGGCAGAGAAUCAGUUUGCCAGUAUUCCGGUCUGCGUGCUUCGCAUGGAAAGCCUGAAGUGUUUGGAUAUCAGCAACAACAGACUCAAAGACCUGCCGGAGGACAUCGACAGGCUCGAGGCAUUAGAGACGCUGUUCCUUCACAGAAACAAAGUGCGACACGUGCCGAUGACUGUGACGAAGCUCAUCCAUCUGAAGAUGCUGGUCAUCAGCGCAGACGAGCUGUACAGCAUCCCGUCGCAAUUAAUUGACAAUCCUAAUAUAAAAUUAAUCCGAUUAUACGACAAUCCAAUAAACACUGGGAAUGAAGACAUGAGCAUGGACUCAGAAGCUCAGGACGGGCGUGACAAGGAGUUCAUGAAGACAUACAUCGAGACCCUUCAAGACAGAGAGACUCAGCCGUCAUACACCACUAAAGUCUCCCUGAGCUGCCUGCUGUAGAAGCGCAUGAACGUCUGCUUCACGACUGUAAAUAUGACACAGAUUGAUAUCAGUGCGUUUUAAACGCUUCCACUGGAGUCUGUUUAUUAGUUUUCUCAUUCAGAGUUCAAUUAAAACUAAAACGCAGGUUACACUGGAUGCCACGUUGAGAAGCUGUUAGUAUCCAAAGGUUUCUUUUGUAGCAGCGUUUACUAUUAUUCAAGAAAAACAGCUGGCAGUUAGUAGGGUUGAAGAUCAUAUUUUCCUUUUUGACUGCAUUUAUCAUUCUUACUAGUUCUGAUCCCGAACCCACUUUUAUUUGGUUUUCUGUGAAGAUUUCCAUUGUUUAGUUUGACCAAAUGUUUCACAGCAUGACGUUGAACCUUUUUCUGUCUUGAAGUCGAUAUUUUAUAAGAGUGCCGUUUUAAUUCAUUUCAGUUAAAUAAAUUAAAUUUCCAAUUUCCUAUUUUGCCUUCAGCCAUAAAUACGACAUGCAAACACUUGCGUUUCUCUGUCGAUGGGAAACAAUAUAAAUCCAAACCUGGAAUAUGAAGUGGUUUAUUGAAACAUUGAUCAAUUAAUAUCUCAACGAACUUUUGUAACAAACAUGCUUAAUGUGCAUCGAUAAAAUCUCUUUAAUAAAGUCUUCAAGGAAUGAAUGCAUAGACAUGAAGAAUGGCACCUAGAGCCGAAACAUCAUUAAAAAACAAAGUGCAGUUCAUCGGAAAACACCUAAAGUAACUUUAGCUUCUGGAGUCAGUGUGCAUUGAUCUACAGCACCGACUGCAUAAAUAGAAUUACAUCUACACUUCUGCUUUGACAUCAUUUUCAAGUAUGCAUCAUAUUCAGGUCCCCAGAAUUGGGAACGUUUCCUCUGCUCUGUGCUGCUCAAAAGCAUUAAUUUAGUGCACGAUAAAGCAGAAAUCGUCAUGGAUUUAGGCUGUUAUUGCUGCAGUGUGUUACAUGAUAAAAUGCAAUCAAUCAGAUAAUCUGCUGCUAAUUGAGUCGUGAUGCGUAAUGAACUUCCGAGAAUUGUUUUACUCCGCUUUUAACAUGCAAAAAAUACAUUUUUUUAAAUGAAAUAAAAUUAAAUAGCACAGAAGUCAGUAAGAGGAAGCAACGAUAAAUCCGUAAAGCUGUUUCAAAAACAUUUGAUUCGGUCCUCUGGAAAUUAUUUCAGGACAUCGGCAACACAGAAACAUUAAAUGCCUUACAGGAAGAGUUCAGCCAAAACUGUAAAUGUGUUCACUCUCAGUUCAUCCUCAGAUGUAGAUGAGUUUGUUUCUUCAUCAGGUUUGUAGAAAUGUAGCAUUGCAUCAG